AUGCAAAUUAAUAUACCAUUGAUCUUAUCGCUUCUUUCUGUAUCUCAAUUGGCAUUAGGAGACAAAGCCCCCAAGAUUAAAAAAAAUCCCAAGAAUGUGGUAGCCAUUGCGGACUUCCCAUUUGGAUUUGACAAUAAUGUCCAGGGUAACAUUGUGUUCACAGCCAAAAGAGGUAAGGCAGUCAAUGUCCACGUCGAUGUAACCGGGUUACCAAAGGAAGGAGGACCUUUCCAAUAUCAUAUUCAUGAAAACCUGGUUCCUUCGGAUGGUAAUUGUGACUUAGUGGGUUUGCACUUCAAUCCUUAUGACGCCCCACCAGAUUGUGAAGAUCAAAAGGAUGAUUCAUACUGUCAGGUGGGUGACUUGUCGGGGAAGCAUGGUUGGAUUGAUACCACAUGCUUCGAAACAAAAUACAACGACCCAUAUCUUUCGUUAAACAAGAAAUCCAAUUCCUACAUUGUCGGUAGAUCCGUCACUUUCCACUUUGCCAACUUGACCAAGUUUGCUUGUGCCGACAUUGAAUUAGCAUCAAACAUAAGAUUACAAAGCUUGCAAGACGAAUAUAAUUCUAACAGCAACUAUGAUCUUCAAGAAUUACAAAAGGACUUGGCAUCUGGUCUUGAGUUUAACCAAGAUUACAAAGAAUAUUCUUAUGAUGAGGAUGAGGUUGACAAGUACGAAGUAUUUGAUGAAGGUCCAGAUGCAGAUGACGAACCAGAAGUCGAAGACUCUAAGCCUGAAAAUGACUAUGCCGACGAUGACGAAGACAAUACAGAAGACACUAAAUCAAAGACUAAACUUAUAAACGAUGUGAAAUCGAGAAAUACUACUCACAAUGCAACUCACCCCCACAACGGUACUGAUUUGAUCCACAAUGGAAACCAUUCAAACGUUUCUUUAAAUGAGUAUAAUUCCGAAACCGAAAGUGGAUCUUCGACUUUUGGCUUGAGUAUUAGUUUAAUGAUUGGUUUAGGUGUCGUUACAGGAUUACUCAUUUAA